AUGGUCGAUUCACAUUCGGUGUAUCUAGCAGAGGUGACGGCUCCAAUGGGUACGAAAAUUAUUGUGCAGCCGUCAACAAUCUCCUUCACGGGGAAAUACAGUAAGGCUGAGUUCAACUUGACUGUUGAAAUUGAUUUGGGAGUUAGGUCAUGGAAUGAGUACAAUGGGACUUAUGGGUACUUAGGCUGGUAUGAGGUUAAUGGGACUCAUGUGAUUUUGGCUGGAUGGGUACCCAACAGGUUGAGUGCGUAUAUUCACGGCAGUUCAUUACUCUCAAACUAUGUAAUUGUGUCUGGCACUUCCACGGCGUCUCCCCACAUAGUUGGCAUAGCCGCACUGUUGAAAGCAGCCCACCAGGAUUGGAACUCAGCUGCUAUUCGAUCUUCUAUGAUGACUACUGCAGAUGUGUUUGAUAAUUUGAAUGGCACAAUCAUUGACAUAGCCACUGGAGCUGCAGGGACUCCUCUUGAUUUUGGGGCAGGACAUGUGAACCCUAACAAGGCCAUGGACCCUGGACUUGUGUAUGACAUGGAGGUCCAAGACUACAUCGAUUUCCUCUGUGGAAUGAACUAUACAGCGCAACAGAUUCAGAUUAUAACAAGGAGGUCCGAUUUCAACUGUGAAAAUGCUAGUUUGGAUCUUAACUAUCCUUCAUUUAUCGUCAUCUUGAACAGCACUGAUAUUACAAGUUACACCUUUAAGAGGGUGCUGACUAAUAUGGUCGAUUCACAUUUGGUGUAUCUAGCAGAGGUGACGGCUCCAAUGGGUACGAAAAUUAUUGUGCAGCCAUCAACAAUCUCCUUCACGGGGAAAUACAGUAAGGCUGAGUUCAACUUGACAGUUGAAAUUGAUUUGGGAGUCAGGUCAUGGAAUGAGUACAAUGGGACUUAUGGGUACUUAGGCUGGUAUGAGGUUAAUGAGACUCAUGUGGUAAGAAGUCCAAUAGUCUCCGCAUUUACACCAUAG